AUGAGCGGCACGGUCCUGCGAGAGACGGCGGCCCAGGGCGACGCGACUUAUUUGCGGGAGCUCAUCCUCGGCGGCGGCAACCCGUGUUCCAGCGACGAGAACGGCCUCUGCCCGCUGCACUUCGCCACAUGGAACGGCCACGUCGAGUGCGUCGAGCUCCUCGUCGUCAACGAUCUGGGCGUCGCGAGCGCGCCGAGCGAGGAGGACUUAAAGAAGCUGCGCGCGAAGGAGGACUACGAGGCGCGCAUGGGCACGGGAAGCGCGCUCGCCGGCGGCGCGGGCCGGAUCACCAAGGUCUCCGAGGACGGCAGGGAGCGCGCCAAGGCCGCGCGGAAGCUCGACGAGGCGCGGCUCGCCGCGGAGCAGGGGUCCACGGUCAUCGGCGGGUCGCGCUACACGGGCAAGUCGCGGAACUGGCGCGAGGAGGAAGAGGACGCGCGGCGGAAGCAGGAGGAGGCGGAGGCGGAGAAGGAGAAGAAGAAGCCCAUGGUGUCGUGCAUCAACCUCACGACGAAGGCGGGCUGGACGGCGCUCCACAUCGCGGCCAUGGGCGCCUUCAACGGCGUCGAGACGGCGACGAUCCUGCUCCUCGCGGGCUGCGAUCCCACGCUGAGAGACGAGAACGGCCACACGGCCUACGACGUCGCCAUCAACUCGCGCAACGUCGCCUGCGCCGCGCUCCUGCGGAAGCGGCGGCCCCAGUUCGCGGCGCGGAAGCGCGCCAUGAAGGCCUUCCAGGCCCAGUUCGCCGUCGUCGAGCAGCCGUUCCGCGCGCCGCCGCCCUACUUCGACACGCUGGACGGCGAGUACGAGCCCACGCCCGAGGAGCUCGCGUCGGACGACGACGACGACUCCUUCGACCCGGACGCGUCGCGAAGCGACGACUCGACGGACGCCGACGCCAUCGAGCAGCCCAGAUCCCUGAAGGCGCUCAAGGCGCGGAAGGCGUCCGCGCCGCCGCCGCCGCCCGACGGCGACCCGGAGCCCGCGAAGCCGCCGAAGCCCCUCGGCGGCGAGCCCGACGCCAAGUCCUUCGUCGCCGAGGAGGCGGCCUUCGACGCGGCGCACAAGAUCCGCAUGGCGCCGCCGCCGCGGGAGCUGACGAUCCCCGAGCACCUCAUCCUCGUCUACGCGAAGCGCAACUUCAGGGGCGCCCGGGGCGCGCACGUCAUCCACAACCUCCAGUUCGCCACGGAGGAGGCGGAGAAGAACCUCGCGCGGCGCCAGGCCCUCGCGGACAAGCAGGAGGAGGUCAAGCCCACGCACGUCAAGGAGAAGGAGGCGCGGAACCGGCUCUCGUCGAACUCGAACCGGCGCACGGUCGUCGAGGGCGUCGGCCAGAUCACGGCCCUCGCCGGCGGCGGCGUCGACGACGCCCGGGCCGCCGCGAAGCAGAAGCUCGCCGCGAAGGCUACAGCGACGUAA